AUGUUAACCCCUGAAGGUUAUUUGGCAUUCGGUCGUUUUCUGCUUACCAUCGGCCCGAGUGCCAUGGUCUUGCUACUACUCGUCCAUGACAUUCAACAUCAUCGUCCGGAUAUUGUCGAUACCGAGAAUCGUGUAGUUCCAAAAGGAGUUCUCGAAUUGCGGGAUCAUUACGAUUUCAUAAUAAUUGGUGGUGGAUCGGCGGGAUGUACCCUCGCCUCGAGGCUUUCCGAAAUACCACAAUGGAAUAUUUUACUGCUGGAGGCGGGUGGUGAUGAACCUCUGAUUGCCGAUCUGCCAAUGUUGUAUCCCGUCUUUCAACGCAGUCCCUGGGAUUGGAAAUAUUGGACAGAGAAAUCAACCCGCUACUGUUUGGCAAUGGAAAAUCAGCAAUGCUAUUGGCCUCGAGCCCGUAUGUUGGGCGGCUGCAGCAGCAUCAAUGCCAUGAUGUAUUUGCGAGGAAAUCGAAAAGAUUAUGACCAUUGGGCGGAACUGGGAAAUCCCGGUUGGAAUUAUGAUAAUGUUCUGCAUUAUUUUCGAAAAUUGGAAGAUAUGAGAGUGCCAGGUUUUGAGAAAGAUCCCUAUCAUGGUCAUGGUGGUCCCAUAUCGGUGGAGAAUUACCGAUCACCAUCGCCGUUGUUGGAUGUUUUUAUGGUGGCGAUGAAGGAAUUGAAUUUGGUUAAUCCCUAUCACGAUUUUAAUGGUCGAUCCCAAACCGGUUUUGCGGUACCCCAUGGUAGUUUACGCAAUGGUCUACGCUGUAGCGCGAACAAGGCCUAUAUACGACCGGUGUGGAAGCGGCGUAACUUAGACGUCGUCCUAAAUGCCUUUGUCGAACAAAUCAUAAUAGAUCCCCGGACAAAUGAGGCAAAGGGGGUGCUUUUCGAAUGGAUGGGUGGUAAACAUAAGGCCGCAGCCAAGAAGGAGGUCAUUUUAUCGGCUGGUGCCAUAGCCAGUCCCCAGUUACUAAUGGUGUCGGGUGUUGGACCCAAAGCUCAACUUCGGAAAUUUGAUAUUCCUGUACUCAAACAUUUACCCGGUGUCGGAGGUAAUAUGCAGGAUCACAUAUCGACAACGGGUGCCACGUAUGCCGUGAAAAAUACCCUGACAGGAAAACGUUUAUCCUUUGUGGUGCCCGAGGAGAUGACUGUCGAGUCGGUGGAUAAAUUUAUCCACAAAGAGGAUAGUUUCUUUUAUGCAAUGCCUAUGUCCGAAGUUAUGGGCUUUUGGAGUAGUAAAUAUCAAGAUCCGAAAUUGGAUUGGCCCGAUGUGCAAUUCUUUUUGGGUAGUGUCAGCUAUAGUUCAGAUGGUGGUAUGAUUGGUAGGAGAGGAGGAGCGGUUUCAUUCUCCAACUAUGCGGAGACUAUGGAACCGCUACUCUACAAGGAUUCUUUUGUGAUUACACCUCUGGUGAUGAGACCGAAAAGUCGUGGUUGGAUUGAGCUGACAUCGGAUGAGGUGAGGGAUCAUCCGAAAAUACAUGCGAACUAUUAUGAUGAUCCAUUGGAUAUGGCAAUAAUGGUGGAGGCUUUGAAAUUCGGCCAUGAGUUGACCCAGGCCCCAAUACUCAGGCGCCUGAAUGCAACUUUGAAUAUUUAUGUGUGGCGUGACUGCCCUGAGGUGGAGUACCUCAGCGAUGCUUUUUGGGAAUGUUUGGCACGCUAUUAUUCUCAAACGAUUUAUCAUCCGGUUGGCACGUGUAAAAUGGGUCCCUAUACAGAUCGUUAUGCUGUUGUGGAUCCCCGGUUGAGGGUGCAUGGUAUGAAGAGACUCCGUGUUAUCGAUGCUAGUAUUAUGCCCACCAUAACCACGGGGAAUACAAAUAUACCGACCAUUAUGAUUGGAGAGAGGGGUGCGGAUAUGAUCAAAGAAGAUUGGCUGAAAUCGCGAAGUGCUUAUUGA